AUGAGCUCCUCCAAUAAUCAACCUCCUACCACAUCUUCUUCCGAUGUCCCCGCCCAAUCGGGUGCGGCUUCUCAUCUCGAUCCGAAUGCGCAAUUGGGCAACAACGGCUAUGCGCCAAAUGACAACCAGCUCGCCGGAUUGGUAGAGGCGGCUACCGCAGCCGCAGACCAAGAUGUCUCGCAAUGGGCUGCCGCCGCUGCAGUUGCGGCAGCUGCCGGUGCUGCUGGUCAUCACCACCAGCUGGACGGCUAUGGUGCCGACAUGCACCUCGACGACGACGGGUUCGGAGAUGCCAAGUUUUCAGAGACGACUUUUGGCACCGGCAUGAACAAUGGUAGACAUUUGCGCGUUCCCAGUCACAGUGAUCACUCCCAAUCUCCGGGUCUUUCUCGCACGGUUUCGAAAAAGCGAAAGAGGAACGAUGAUAAUCUUGAUCCGGCAUUGGCUGGGGCUGGUCUUUCCGGGCAACAGCAAGCUCACUCUGCUCAGCAGCCUCAUGGCUAUGCUGGUGCUGGAGACAGUAUGGAUCUUCGUCCUGCUCAACCUCAGUCUUUGUCUGAUGCUCGCGCUGUUGGUGUCCAUUCUGCUGCGGCAUUGUUUCGUCAGCCUUCCAGCAAUAAGAAGUACACUCGACCUCCAAUCUCAAAGAUGUUCUCGUCACUUGAGAUCUCACCUGAGAACUUUUUGCAUUUGCAAGCAGCUGCAAAGAAUUACAUGCUCAAUGAUGAACACCCCGAGAGACGGGACUGUGUGGGCCAGCGUGGAAAGGGAGAUAGUGAAAUGGUCAAACUUCGUCUUUGGAACUGCGUUCGUCAAUUCCUUGAACAAGAAGGCAACGGGGAGCGCUUCUUCGGAGAAAAUGUAGUCAACGAGGGCAUGGGUCCGAGAGCAUACAUUUGGCCGCGUGACCACCACAAAAUCAUUUCACUGGUCAUUCCUUUGCUGCGACGCAUGGUCACUAACGAAAGACAACGUCAAUACGCCAUUGAAACCCGGAAGGGUGGUGGUACGGAUGAACGUCGUCGUCGCAAGACUGAAGAUUUCUCCAGUUUGAACAGCCCACGCUUCUCUCCCGAGCAACACCUCCAAAUGCAAAACCAACAACAUCGUCCUGAUGACAUAUCGCACUCAAUGCCUCCGCCACCUCCUGUGCAGCAAUCAACAAUAGACACUAGCCAGCCCAUGGAUCUUGGUCUAACAGACCUCCUCUUGGACGGUUACACCGUUGAUUGGGAGGAAAUCGGCCGAUCCUAUGAUAAUUACAACCAAGGAUACGAACUUGACAACCUCUGGUCUCUCUCCGGGCUCCAGCAACCUAACUGGCGUGGGAUUGUUGCUGCAGUUGACAGCCACUACCAUGUCAUCCACGGCGGAGACUUCAACUGUAUCCCCUCUUGUGAAGACCAAAACAUCGACCGCAUCAUUCAUGCAGACUCAUGCUCAAACCUGAACUGGCGCAUCGGCGGAACCCGCAACACCCCAGCCCGGGAUGAAUUUGCAAGCAGCAUAACCCGCGAUGUCUCACGCAUCAUCCGUGAAAACAUUGCAAGCAGACACGGCCACUCAGCUCAACCCCAAGACACACAUGACCAAUUCCACCCUCAGCAACAGCCCUUCACACCUCUCGAGCAAACACAACCCCCCACAGCCACAAACCCGCCUUCAAAUGCCCAAACAUCCCUCCUCGUCAGCAUCCUCCAAGGCGGAAAACGCAUCCUCCCUAGGUUUGAUCUCCCCGCCAGCCAAUGCCCCAACAUCGACACCGUCAAGCAAGCAAUCCUCCGUCGAUACCCCGGCCAGAUCCCCGGCCUGCCAUUCCAGGAUUCAGAGGGUCUUACCAUGAAUGCCGCCGCACAGGAAGCGCGCGAGUCCGCCGUUAUCGCUGAAUGGAGAGUCAAGGUCUGGUUACCGGAUGGGAUGCUUCUUGUUCAGAGUCAGAAAGAUUGGACUAUUGCUUUGCUUUCGGCUGAUACUGUCGACUGGAUGGAUGGUGAUUUGAAGGUCCUUAUUGAGGUCGAUGGAGGGCAACAGUAG